AGUUCGGUGCGCAGUCAAAAGGAAAGUCAUGGCGAACGGCGGCGUUCGUUGCUCCUCCAAAGACACGGACAUUAGUACGAUCAUCGAACCGUUACGACUGUAUCUGGCUUUAAUAUUAAACUGUUAGCUGACUGGAGGAGGCCCUUGUCCAUAGUGAUACCGAGCUCGUCGCCUGUGCUCCCCCUCGUUCUCUCACAAUGCUCUGUCAGCAGAGUGUGCUGCCCUCGAAUCUGCAUGGUAAAUUCACCCCGCAGCGGUAACCUCCCCGCCUCUUCCACUAGCACGGUCCAGCUCCAGUCUUUCGUCUGAUUGGAUUGUUCUCUGCUCCGAGUUAGCCACAGCUGAGACAUAUCCAGGGAACCAUGGUGUCGCGACCGGGUGAAAUCCCAGCGCUGGAGUCGGGGGGCCCAGAGGGACUCCUAGGUGGGAUGUCCCUCCCCAUCGGAAUGCACCGCCGUGCUCUCAGCUACGAUGACGCCCUGGAGGCGCCCAUGUCACCCCCGCCAUCCGACAUCAACGUCAACAUCCUGUGGAAGAGGCCCGUCAUUCCAGACAGGAAGUUCCAGCGCCUGACCGAGGAGGAGGAACCUGGAACCACCCUGACUCACAGGGCGUCCUUCGAUGCUACAGCCCAAAAGCCCCCAGUCCCAGUGGUCAAGGCUAAAGCUUCCUCCAUCAUCAUGAACUCCCUCAUGACCAAGCAGACCCAUGAGAGCAUCCAGAAGUUUGAGCAGCAGGCGGGCCUGACGGACACGGGCUACACCCCCCACAAGGGGCUGGCGGCCGAGGAGACGCGCUACCACCGCAUGCCUGAGUCGCUGCAUAAACUGAAGAUUCAGAGCGGAGAGACCCGGGACGAAAAGCAGCCAUCAUCAGCCCAGUCCACCCCCAGCAGCACCCCACAAACAUCCCCCAAACAGAGACGCAGGGGCUGGUUCAGCCAGGGCUCGGGCCCCUCCCUCACUGGCGCUGAGCUCACCGGCCCCAGCGUCUCCAUUGACAGCUUGAGUGGGGAGGGCAUGGGGGGGUCGGGGGGCGCGGUGGAGCGCUGGAGCGCUUUUGGGCCCCGCCCCGUUGUCCAGAAGUCCACCACAGACCCAGGCACCGAGUCCGCGGCUGCAGGGGGCUUCGCCCUGCAGGCUUACAAGGGGGCGCAGAAGCCCACCCCCAUGGAGGUGAUGAAGGCCCAGGCCACCCGCAUGGGUGAGGACCCCGCCAACCUCAGGGCCCCCAAGAUGGAGAUCCCGGGCAUGGAGGGCAAGAGGCAGGCGCCCCGGCAGCACAAACUCAAGCCUCGGGACAUGAACGUGCUCACCCCCUCAGGCUUCUAGAUAACCCCGUCUCAGCAUUUGCCGUGCUCGUAGCUGGUCUACCCUCCUCCUCUUCCUGUUUAUCCUCAUCCUUGAACAACAGCCAUAGCCCCUCCUUUCUGUAUCCCGUGUCCUUUCUCUCAUUCCGGGGAAUGCCUGAUCCCCCACCCCACACAAAACAUUCCAGCUCAGCUCCUGUGACUAGCACCCCACUCGAUGGCAUUAGAGGUCUAGUUCAGUAAAGUGAAGUUACAUGUCCAAGUGCCAUUGUUUUAUGUUUUGUUUUUUUUCUGUAUCUCACUUUGCCUUUUUGACUUUUAAAAGCUCUUCUCCGUGUGUUUUAAGUGUCGGGUUGUGUUUCUCCGUUGAUGUGAGUGAACACGUGAAGGCCCAUGUCGGCUCAAGCUGUACAGUCCCUACAUUUCUUUCUCUUUUUUAUGACUGUUGUUCUGAGAGGUCCUGCUGUUGCAUUGCGUUUUGCUGUAAAGUGUCCUUCCCUACUCGUCUUUCACAGAUCACAAGGCGAAGCUUUAGUGUGUCGCCUGUUCCCAGUGUGACCUGGGUUUCACUUUAUGAUGGACUGCCAGUUCUUAAAAUUAUUUAUGUGGUCAUAUGCUCAAAAGACAGAUGAGAACUGUAUAUCUUAAAUUGUGUAUGAUUCAACAUAUCCAUAUCUGUCUGUAUGCAACACUGCAGUGUAUCUUCAAGGAUGUGGCACAUUACGUUGUAAUAGAAAAUAUCAGUGUGAUGUUACUUUGUGCUGUAUUGGGGGGGUUACUGAAGUUUUUUUCCAUUUUACAUGGAACGUUCCAAAAAAUACAGACACAGUUGCCUAAGUGCUUGACUCAUUCUGUCAUUUUCAUCUAAAUAAACUUCAG